UACCCGGUAGGGUUGUUCGUGCAUGUCAGCCACGUGGGGCUUAAAGAGUGGUGGUGCAAUAAAUGCCCGUCCCAUCGACUGACGAUUUCGAGGCGUGGAGAGAUGCGUGGGACACGUGUAGUGAUCCUACGGUUGAAGGACUUUUGUCUUCAACGGCUGUGAUUUCUUGGAGAUUGAAUUUAAGAGGGAAACCGACUGUUUCCCUUCACUUUUCGCAGAAACUCUCAGAAAACUCUGCCGAUUUGCAGUGAGGAGGCGAAAAAUCAAGGGGAGAAGUGGUGUUGGUAUUUCUGGAGUGGGCGAUCGAUCGAUUGUUGAAAGAAAGAUAGCAAAUUUGAGGAACGAGAACAAAGAUGAGAUACCUGGACCACCAUCGAGGAAGUUCCCGAAGAGUAAACUUACCCAGCAGGAUACCGGAAGGUUCUGUACAUACCAUGAAGAUGCUGGCCAGAAUACCAACCUCUGCAUGGCUUUAAAGAAUACGAUCGAAUCACUAAUUUAGAAGGGCAAGCUUCAGCGGUAUCUACCCGCUAAAGAGAUAGGAGUUAUCGACAUAUACGGCCAGAUCUUCACGAUCCAUGGUGGAGGCCCGAAGGAUUUACCACCCCAGAGGAGGAAGCGAAAUUCCAGUUUCGACCACCAAGAAGUUUUCAAUUUCCACAAGGCCCCGCAACAAGACGGCGACACUGGGUAGAAGUCUGUCACAUUCCUGCAGGAGGAAGAAGCUGAUCUAAAAAUGCCCCAUGAUGAUCCCUUCCUGAUCACGCUCCAAAUGGACCACUACAUAAUGUCUCGGGUACUCGUAGAUACCGAGGCCUCGGUUAGCGUAUUAUUUCGUGAUGCAUACAAAGCUUUGAACAGGGGAAGGGCCAAGCUGUCCCAGGAUAAUGAGCCCCUCAUCAGCUUUUCAGGAGAUAUAGUCCAACCACUGGGAUCAGAUUACUUAUCGAUCACGGUGAGAGAAAGUCCAAAUUGUUCAACGAUUAAGACAGAGUUCAUUGUCAUCGACUGUGCUUCAUCCUAUAACGCUAUCUUGGGACGGCCGACACUCUGGCGUUUGAAGACAUUCAUUGCAGGCCACAUGCUCAUGAUGAAGGUGCCAACCCCUGUGGGAAUAGCCACCAUACGGGGUGAUAAGGCUGCGGCAAGGCAGUGCUAUUCUUUAACGGUAUCUCGGGGCAAGGGAAAGUCAGAAAUGUUGCCCGUGACCACCGACCCUCUCACAGACAGGUACGAGGACCCCAGAGAUGAUGCUGACUCUGACGAAGAACGGCCCGGUGCCGUGGAAGACAUCGAAGAGGUCCUGCUAUCCGAGCAGUUCCCGGACAGGACUGUCAAGAUAGGUACCAAGUUGGAUCCGGUUAUCAAGGAAGACCUAAUCUCGUUCCUUCACUCUAACGCAUCUGCUUUCGCCUGGUCAUACGAAGACAUGCCCGAUAUACCAACUAACAUAGCCAUGCACAACCUAAGCAUUGUUCCUUACUCGGCACCAGUAAGACAGAAGCGCAGAACCUUCACACAUGAUAAGUACCAGGCUAUCCAAGUUGAAGUAAAGAAAUUGAUGGCCAUCAAUUUUGUCAGGGAAGUGACAUAUCCCCGGUGGUUGGCCAACGUGGUCAUGGUACCAAAGAAGGCACCGGGAUCAUGGCAUGAGGAGCACACCGCUUUCACCACAGACAAAGGUCUUUAUUGUUACCAGGUCGUGCCCUUCGGAUUGAAGAAUGCAGGUGCCACUUAUCAGCGACUUGUCAACUCCAUGUUUGCGGAUGUCAUCGGUACCAUCAUGGAGGUAUAUGUGGACGAUAUGCUGGUCAAAAGCUUAACCCCCGAGGACCACGUAACCAACUUAUCAAUUGUCUUCGCUAUCAUAUUACACAACGAAUCAUUUAUCAAACUUGUCCGUCUGGAGUGA